AUGCCGAAGGUGUCCGCCGUGAACCACUUGCCAGCCCUGCCCCAGGACGUGGCAGACAGAGUCCUGCUGCUCGUCUUCUCCACGGACAAGUCUCCAGGAGACCACAGCCUCAUCAGGACAGCGGAGACCUCCAAGUACAUCAUGCGUGACAGCGGCUCCCAGGGCGAGGGGACGCGCCGGCACCGCAGGAACAGGAUGGAGAAGCAAAGGAUCAAAGCGAGCGACGCCGCUGCGGCCACGCCGCGGGAGGAGGGCAGGGCCCUGUGCAGGCGGGUGGACAUGAUGGUGGAUUUCGAGCAGACGGGCUGGGGCAGCUGGAUUGUCUACCCCAAAAAGUACAACGCCUACCGAUGUGAAGGGCUGUGCCCCUCGCCCGUGGAUGAGACCUUCAAGCCCACCAACCACGCGUACAUACAGAGUUUGCUGCAGCUCUACAAGCCCAACCAGGUGCCGUGUCCCGCCUGCUCCCCGGUCAGGAUGAGUCCCCUCUCCAUGCUCUACUACGAGAAGGGCGAGAUCGUCGUCCGCCACCACGAGGACAUGAUCAUCGAGGAGUGUGGCUGCAACUGA